AUGUCUCGAUUAGCAGCAGUACUCGCGCUCUCCGCGCUCCCAGCAGCGCUGGCUAUACAACUUCCCAAUGGCAUAGGUAAACUACCUGCACUGGGCUGGAACUCAUGGAACGCCUACGGCUGCAACAUCGACGAAUCCAAACUCCUCCAAGCAGCAAACGCAAUGGUCUCCAUGGGUUUCAAGGACGCAGGCUAUGAAUACGUCAUCUCCGACGACUGCUGGUCCAACCUCGAUGGAAGAGAUAAUUAUACCCAUCAGCUCGUUGCGAACGCUACCAAGUUCCCUCAAGGGAUCACGGGGACGUCUGGGAAGAUUCACGAUUUGGGGUUCAAGUUUGGGAUUUAUUCUAGUGCGGGGACGAAGACUUGUGGCGGGUAUCCGGCUAGUCUUGGGUAUGAGGAGGUGGACGCGGCGACUUUUGCGAGUUGGGGGGUGGAUUAUUUGAAGUACGACAACUGCUUUCCCUCCGAGGUCUGGUACGACGACUGCCUCUCCUGCGAGGCCGACCCUAGCUUCUCACCAACGGGGAUCGUGAACGGAAGCUGUACACCAUCCACACCUCCCGUCAAUCACUAUUCUUUCGACAAGCCUAUCCCUAUCUGUCCGCCGUACAAGUGGCCGGUGGAUGGUAACAACUAUACGGCCAAGUACACGGCGCUGAAGUUCCGGAUCAUGCAACAAGCUUUACAGGCGCAGAACAGGACGAUCUUGUAUAGUCUUUGUGAAUGGGGCGUCGACGAACCCUGGACCUGGGGCAACACAACCGGCUCCUCCUGGCGCAUGAGCAACGACAUCAAUCCCUCCUGGUCCCGCAUCCUGCAAAUCCUCAACCAAAACUCCUUCCUGACAAACUACAACAACUUCUGGGGCCACAACGACGCCGACAUGCUCGAAGUCGGCAACGGGAACCUCACCGCUGCUGAGACACGAACCCAUUUCGGUCUGUGGGCGCUGAUGAAGACGCCGCUGUUGAUGGGCACGGAUGUGACGAAAUUGUCCGCGCACGAUGUCGGGGUGUUGCAGAAUAAGCGGUUGUUGGCUUUUAAUCAGGACGCGGUUGUGGGGGGGAGUGCGGCGCCAUAUAAGUGGGGUGUCAAUGAGGAUUGGACGUUUAACUCGACGUUUCCGGCGCAGUAUUGGUCUGGGGCUUCGAGCAAUGGGACGAUGGUGGCGAUGUUCAAUCCGCUAAAUGAGACGAUGAAGAUGACGGCGCUGUAUAGUGAGAUUCCGGAGUUGGAGAGUGAUGGGUGUUAUGCUGUUACCGAAGCGUGGAAUGGAACGGAUCUGGGAUGUAAGGAAAAGAGUGUGGAGGUUGAGGUCGAGGCGCAUGAUACGGCUGUAUUGCUGUUCGAAGGCAAGUGCUAG